UCCGCCAUGCUCUGUCUCGUAUUCAAAAACCUUCAAAAAGUGUUGGCGAAGGAAUGAAGCUAACAAGAGCAACUUCAAGGUUUAUUAAAUUUGGAGUACCCCUUGUGGUUUUCAUUGUUGCUGGAUCUUUUGGACUAGCAGAAUUUACAGAGAUAAAGGUGAAAAGGAGAGAUGAAAAGGCCAGAAAGCUGUCGGCCGAUGAAGCCUCUAAGUUUGAAAAAAAUCGAAGGAAGACACCAUUGAGCAUUGAACACGUGUAUCAGAAAGUUCAAGAGGACCUGGACAUUGAUGUUUGGGAGAACAAGAGAGGACCACGGCCUUGGGAAGAAAGUAAAAGUAAAGAGAGCUAGACAAUUUGAAUUCAGCUAUUGAUUUUAAUUAUAUUAUGACAGCUAGUCUUCUAAUUCAGUUUACUCGUAUUUUCUAGAAGUGAUCAAACAAAAUAAGGUUCGUGUUUCUAAGAUUCUAGAAUAUAAUUUCUAGUUAGAAAUCUAAGAUUCCAAAAUAUAAUUUCUUCUUGGUAUAUGCACUUGGUCCCAGAUGUAGAUCGCUCAGUUAAAUAUGAACUUUAAGGAAAUACAUGAACGCCACAACUUCCUUGUGUGCUGGUUAUAUCUCAUUAAUGUUUGGACAUCUUUGCCAGGACAUUGAUUUCAGCAUUAGUAGCCAUGUCUGGUGACUAAAUCUAGAAGAAUCACCAGAAAAUUUAAACGUUUCAGAACUUAGUAUUUGCAUCUUUGUAGGGCGAAUAGGACAAUUUCCUAAAUAUUUACGCUGCAUUUCGGUAGAGUGUAAUAUAGUGUAAAUUUUGAUUCGAUAUCUGUUAGAAUUAUUCAACAAUGUGUAUACUUUUAUAUUUGCUUUUUCGUUGUAGCAUCUUCUGAGAUGUAAAGUAAACUAACAUGUGAAUAUUAAACAAUAAAGAUACAGGACAAAAUGUUCUCUAAUUAGAGAAAGACAGAUUCGCAGGCAAUCUUUA